AAAUCAAAGUGUAACCGCGAUUGCAUCCAAUUGGCAACAGCUGGUUGUAUAAAGUAUCCAAAUGCAUAUCGAUAUGUCUUGAUUAGAAAGUAAUCUCAAGCAAGCAAGGUUUAACACAAAAAAAAACCCCAGCAGGGUCGUAAUUGCUUCUUAAAUGUGUAUCACCUGUUGUAAGUUAUAUCUGUAUGAAUCUUAGCACAUGAGAACGGGGAUAUGGGCGACCAAAAAGUAAUUACUGAAGUGCCUGCAGCGCUGAAGCGGUUGGCCAAAUAUGUCGUCCGAGGAUUCUAUGAGGUAGAACAUUCACUUGCGCUAGAUCUCCUAAUAAGAUAUCCCUGUGUGAAAGAGGAUGACCUACUCGCGCUGCUUAAGUUUGAAAAGAAGCAGCUUCGGGCCAUUCUUACCUCGUUAAAAUUAGAUAAAAUAAUUAAAAGUCGAAUGAGAGUCGAAACGGGGGAGGAUGGGAAGGCUACAAGACACAACUACUAUUAUAUAAAUUAUAAACUCCUGGUCGAUGUCAUAAAAUAUAAACUAGACCAGGUUCGCAAAAAGAUUGAAACUGAUGAACGAGAUUCAACAACUAGAGCCUCGUUUAAAUGUCCAGUAUGCGGCAGCCUCUACUCGGAUCUAGAAGUUAAUCACCUGUUUGAUCCUGCCUCAGGGGAGUUUCAUUGCACUUACUGCAGCGCUGAAGUUGAGGAGGACGCCUCUGCACUUCCUAAACGAGAUGCCAGGACCCUGCUUGCCAGGUUCAAUGAACAGAUUGAGCCCAUCUAUCUCCUUCUGCGUGAAACUGAAGAUGUAGUUCUUCCAUGUGAGCUACUUGAACCAGAGCCCACAGAAAUACCAGAGUUAAUGCCGAGCUUUGAUCAGAUGUCUUCCGGAAAUAUGAAAGACCGGUCUGAGAGAUGGUCAAGGAGUACAUCGUCCAUCAACAUGUAUGUGCAGGAUUUGGUUGUGAAUCUCCAAGACUCCAAUUCCAAUACAGUUAAAUCAGCGAAUACAUCUGCCAAAGAGUGUCCAAUCUGGAUGACACAAAGCACAGUGCUAGGAGCCUCUGUUCAGCCAUCAGAAAGCAACAGGGCUGAUAAUGUGGCUGAAACCUGUGACCUGAAUGCCAACACCAAGGAGCCUAUUGAUGAUGAAGUAAUCAGGACUCUUCUAAUUCAUGAGAAAAAAUCCUCUGCACAAGAGAGUACAACACACAGCUCUGCCCAUCAGAAGGAAUCCUCUGGCAGUGACACCAGUGAAUCGGAUGAAGAUUCUAAGGCCACCAAGUCGCAGCUUGUGAAGCCACCAGGCACUCCCUCAAAGCAAAAGGAUGCAGAGGAGGAUGAGGGUGAUAAUGAUCCUGUAGUAAUGAUCGGUGGACGGCCACACAUGUAUAGUGAGGUCAGCGAGCAUCCUGAGCUGGUUUCCUUUAUGACUGGAGAAGAGCGAGAGGCAUACAUUCAGAUUGGCAAACUCAUGUUUCAUGCCAUGUAUGACUAAAUAUAACAUGAAAAAGCAGUCCUGGAUCUGUUUGUUUAUUUAUUUAUUUAUUGAUUGAUUUUUUUAAAACUACCCACUUGCAAUUCCGUAAGCAAGCACUUUCAGUAGGUCAGCACAUUCUUGUUCUGGGAGAACCUCCUCUGUAACACUAUUCUCUUGCGCUGCCCAGUGGAAGCUCGGUUUCAGUGGGUUUCUAGUUGUGAUGCACAGUACUAAUCCAGCUGAGAUUUGAGUUAUCUUGGUCAUUCUUUGGCAUUUUCCAUUUCUCACUAAAUUUACCUAGACCUUGCAUCCAUUUAAAACUAAAUGGAGAAGGGGAUAAGGGUCUUUUUAAAAUGUACUAACCAAUUAAUUGAGAAUCAAGUCCUUCAGUUUCACAUACACUAACUUUUUUAAAUAGUUUUUUCUAUACUGUUAAUAUCUAUAAUCUUGUCUGGUUUCUUUUAAUCUCUACAACACCAAGAUGACCAUAGGUUUCAAAAGUGAAGAUUUCAAAAUCUCUUCUAUUGGAGUUGUUCCUAUGAAUGUGGUGGUGGUUUUUUUUUUUUUUUGCACAGAAUUGCACCAAUUAAGUUUGAGAAAAAAAAGGUAGGUUUUAGUAUUUGUGAUGAUCAACUUCCUAGCAGGAAAAUGAUUUUGCAUUGACUGAUCUGACAUCACUGCUAUAAAUGCCUUUGUAGACUUAACAGUUUGCUGACCUAGUGUCAUGGUCAUUAAUACAAUAUAAAAUAUAGUAGACACUGAGAUUUGUUUCUUAGAUACAAGGCUUUGGCACUGUGACAAGUUUGCAAAAAAAAAAAAAGAAAAACUGGAAAGAAAAGGGGUUCUUUAUUUUUUUGUGCAAUACACAAUCAAACCUAGCCUAGUAUGAGUAUGAAGGCAAUACCUCGACGCCUCGGGUCUUUAUCAUGUGGCAACUAGAAAUUCACAUGGGGUCUUAGCAUUCCAUUUACUAUAGCACAGAAAAAGUUAAACACAGUACAGUGCUCUGCUGUUUCAAUUAAUUUAAGCCAUAUUGAUACUACACUAACAUCUACUAUACUUCAGUGUAUAAGGAUGCCUCAUUAAUUCAUUGCCUUGAAUAUUUCAUGUUUUUUUUAAUUUUGUUUAUUUAGCAGACGCCUUAAUGUUACUCAUAGUGACACAGAGGAAACACUGUACAGUAGGUGUAUUCUGCUUUGAACAGGCAGGGGUAUCAGCAGAGCAGACUUGGCUGCAGUUCUAUUGUACCAUUAUAGAAACUACAAACAUAUUUUAGUGGUCUUUGAUAAGUUAUUUCACUAUACCAUAGGAGGCAGCUGAUCUGUAGAACAUGUAUGGAAUAGGGUGGAUGUGAGGAUA